AUGGGUUUUACCAAAUCUAUAAAAUUUAAUGAAAAAGACAUUAGAAGAAUGAAAGAUUUAUCGGUGGAAUGGGUGUGCGGUGAUAUUAGGCCCUUCAGCAUAUUCGAUGAUGAUGAUUUUAGACGUUUAGCACAAGAAUGUAUUCGAUUGGGUUCUAUAUACGGUGCAUUCGAUGUUAAUGAAAUUUUACGUGGUGAAAAAACCAUAUCACGAUAUGUUAUUUCAUUUGCUGAUAAUUCACGUGAACAAAUUAAAGAACUUUUAUCAAGUUCUCUACAAGAAAAUUCAUUAACAAUCUGUCCGGAUUAUUCGACAGACUUACAUAAAAAAAUUUCUUAUUUAGGUGUGAGUGUAAUAAUCGUCGACAAUGAUUAUUGUUAUAAAUCGAUCGAUCUGUGUUAAGCAAAUCCAUCAAUGGACGAUGCUAGUAAAUUACAAUACUUGAAGGAUGGUUUAAAACCUUCACUACGUUUUGAUGUAUCAUUAAAAAACCCACAAACUACAUUAGAGUUUUUAGAAUAUGCACAAAAGAUUGAAGAACUGAAAUCGUUCGAAGACAAACAAGAUGCAUUAACAUGUUUCGAUAAACAAAAAUCUACAAUCUUAUUAACAAACAACUUAAUCGAUGCAGAAAAUAAACAGCAGAAGAUUCAUCAAUCAUUUACACCUCAAGAGUCAAAUUAUAAUGAUGUCCGUUAUAAAUUAGGAUCUAACAACAUGAAUUUAACACGAAAAUCUAACCAUGUAACAACAACUCAAGCUCCAUAUGAUAAAGCAAUACCAAAACCACCAUAUCAAUGUUUUAAAUGUGGUGGAAAUGAUCAUUAUAUUCGUAAUUGCCCACAUUUUCAAUAG